AUGUUUGGGGGGACCAUGGCCCCCUAUGGUACAUGUCCGUACGCCUCUGCACUUACCCUAAACGACGAUAUAGUCUCGUGGACGGCAAUGAUCAACGGAUAUGCGGAGCACGGUAUAAGCCGCGAAGCCAUAGAACUAUUCAAGAGAAUCCCGGACGCAGGCCUACGGCCCGACUCGGUGACUUUCAUCGGUGUCCUCGGCGCGUGCAGCCACGCGGGGCUCGUCGGUCUGGGGUUAGAGGAGGCCGAGAGGAUGAUGAGAGAAAUGUCGUUUGAGAAAGAAGUCGUCGUCUGGUCGAGCGUGCUGAGGGCUAGUCGGGAGUGUGGUGACGUGGAGCGCGGGCGGGUCGCGGCUGAGGAGUGGAAAGAGACGGCUGGGGUGAGGAGGUUGAUGAGGUGGAGGGGUGUGGUGAAGGAGCCUGGGUGGUCGUGGGUGAAGGUGAAGGAGGAGGAGAAGAGAGUGUCGGCUUUUGUUGCGGGGGAUAGGAAUCAUCCUAGGUGCGAUGAGGUUUAUGGGGUGUUGGGGUUGGUGUAUUGUUCGAGUGAGGAGUUGAGUUUCGAGGAG